CUGGGCAGAGACCAAGGGGGAUGAACGCUUGUCGGGGCCCAAUCAGCGCUUUUGUGUUGCCUGCCGGUGCCGGGGACUGGUCGUGAGGAGCUGCUGCAGCGCUACAGGAUCGGAAAGUGAACCCGGAGCCAGUGGAACCUGAGGGGUAAAGGCGAGUCAGGAUGGAGCGGAUGAGUGAGGAGGCUUUGCGGAUGAACCUGCUGAAGCGAGGCCUGGAGGCGUCGGAGGAGCGGGACGAGGUCCUGUCCAAGCGGCUGAAGAUGGAGGGCCACGAGGCCAUGGAGCGGCUCAAGAUGCUGGCGCUGCUGAAACGCAAAGACCUGGCCGGCCUGGAGGGCGGCGCCGGCGGGCCCCUGGGCACGGGGGGCCAGGGCCCUGCCAUGGCGGCGGGGUACGAGGAGAAGAUGAACGGGAGCCUGCGGGGCGUGGCCGGGGCCCACGGGGGCGCGGGCAAAAACGGCAAGGAGAACAUGGGGGACGAGCCUGUGGACAUGAGCGCCCGGAGGAGUGAGGUGGACCGCGAGCGCCGCACCCCCUCCCCGGACGUGAUCAUCCUCUCCGAUAACGAGGCCUCCAGCCCCCGCGGGCCCUCACACGGGGAGGAGAGGCUGAGAUCUGCCAACCUGGAGAUGUUCAAGGGUAAGAGUGGGGAGGAGCGGCAGCAGGUGAUAAAGGCCCUGAGGGAGGAGCUCAGGCUGGAGGAGGCGCGGCUGGUGCUGCUGAAGAAGCUGCGGCAGAGUCAGAUCCAGAAGGAGAACGUGGUGCAGAAGGUGCCGGUGGUCCAGAACACCCCAUCCUCAGUGCAGCCCUCCCCCAUCCACAGCUCCCAGGGCCUGGCCAAACUGCCGGCCCGCCCUGGCCUCCACACCCCGGAGGCACAGAACCUCCGCACCGUACAGGGCCACACGGUGAUCAGGUCGGCUGCCAACGCCCCCCUGCCCCAGAUGAUGAUGUCACAGCGUGUCAUUGCCCCCAACCCCGCCCAGCUGCAGGGUCAGAGGGUGCCCUCCAAGUCCAGCAUGGUCCGCUCUUCCUCCGGCGGCAUAAACAACACCGUCACCUACCCACAGGCCUCCGGCCAGCAGGUGGCAGCCUCGCAGCCUCGUUCUGGCUCCUCGGCCAUCUACAUGAACCUGGCCCACAUGCAGGCGGCGGGGGCUGGAGCGGUGGGGGGCGUGGCCGGGGUGGGGGCCGUCAGCCCCUCCACCCUGUCCAGCCCCGGCGUGGGGUCCCUGGGGGACCAGGUGAGCAGCCAGGCGGCCGCCAAGCUGGCCCUGCGCAAGCAGCUGGAGAAGACCCUGCUGGAGAUCCCGCCCCCUAAGCCCCCCGCCCCGCUACUGCACUUCUUGCCCUCCGCCGCCAACAGCGAGUUCAUCUACAUGGUGGGCCUGGAGGAGGUGGUACAGAGCGUCAUCGACAGCCAGGGUAAACUGCGAGGGACGAUGUCCCGCAUGGAGCCCUUCUUCUGUGCCCAGUGCCGGACCGACUUCACCCCGCACUGGAAGCAGGAGAAAGGCGGGCGUAUUCUCUGUGAGCAGUGCAUGACGUCCAAUCAGAAGAAGGCCCUGAAGGCGGAGCACACCAACCGGCUGAAGAACGCCUUCGUCAAGGCCCUCCAGCAGGAGCAGGAGAUCGAGCAGAGGCUCCAGCAGCAGGCAGCCCUGUCCCCGAGCUCCGCCCCGACCGUUCCCAGCGUCAGCAAGGCUGAGACCAUGAUCCGACACCAUGCACUCCGACAGGCCCCCCAGCCUCAGGCCUCCCUGCAGCGGGGCCUGUCCAACUCUGCGCGGGGCGUGCUCUCCAACUUCGCCCAGGCCUCCCAGCUCUCGGUGGCCAGUGGGCUGAUGGGAAUGACAGGGAAGCAGCGGUGUGGGGGCAGCUCCAGCGGCAGCGGGAGCAGCCGGACGCAGCACGACAGCCGGCGCCAGCUCUACAACAUCCCCGGGCUGAACAUCGCCUACCUGAACCCGGGCAGCGUGGCCGGGCACAAGGCGUCCAGCCUGGCCGACCGACAGAGGGAGUACCUGCUGGACAUGAUCCCUCCUCGAUCCAUAUCUCAGUCCAUCACCGGACAGAAAUGAGCCCGCCCCCUGCCCUCCCAACACCCCACCCAACA